GUAUAUAGCCGAUGAUCGCCGUGCAGUUUGUUGUGAUGCGUGUUGGUGACGCGUGACUCUCUCAACAGCAACCAACCGCGCACGUGUAGCAGAAGUCAUCGAAACUUUACAAUGUCGGCGCUGUUAAGAAACUUGCGGCUUGUGUGGUGGCCGCCGGCGAGAAUCGCUGCGCAGAGGACUCUGUGUUCCAUACCUUCGAAGCUCCUUGGCGAAUACGACAUGACCAUGACCGUUGAAGCGCACGACUUGAGAGCCCUGUACCUGGAUGCCCAGGCGACGACACCGCUCGACCCGCGCGUUUUGGACGCUAUGUUGCCGUUCUUUAUCAAUAACUACGGCAACCCACACUCGCGGACACACGCGUACGGUUGGGAGAGUGAAGCGGCCGUCGAAAAGGCGAGGAGCCAAGUCGCCGCUCUCAUCGGCGCGCAGCCCAAAGAGAUCAUAUUUACCAGCGGGGCCACUGAAUCCAACAACAUCAGUAUAAAAGGCGUCAGUCGGUUCUACGCCGAGAAGAAGAAGCACAUCGUCACGACGCAGACGGAACACAAGUGCGUCCUCGACUCUUGCCGCGCCAUGGAGGCCGAGGGUUUCGACGUCACCUACCUGCCGGUUAACCGCAACGGCCUCAUAGACGUUCGGCAGCUCGAAGACGCCAUCCGACCGGACACGGCACUCGUUUCAGUAAUGAUGGUGAACAACGAAAUUGGUGUGACGCAGCCGAUCGCCGACAUCGGCGCCGUCUGCCGCAAGCACAAGGUCUUCUUUCACACGGACGCUGCGCAGGCCGUGGGCAAGAUUCGCGUCGACGUUAACGACAUGAUGGUUGACCUCAUGUCCAUCAGCGGCCACAAGAUAUACGGCCCUAAAGGCGUCGGCGCCCUCUACCUGCGCCGCAGGCCUCGCGUGCGCGUAGAGGCACUGCAGAGCGGCGGCGGCCAGGAACGCGGCAUCCGCAGCGGCACCGUGCCGACACCGCUUGCCGUCGGGCUGGGAGCCGCGUGCGAGGUCGCACUCCGCGAGAUGGAGUACGACCAUCGGCACGUGAGCCGGCUCUCAGACCUGCUGAUCGCGCUCCUCACGAGCGAACUGACGCACGUCGUGCGCAACGGGGACCCGCAGCGCUCGUACCCGGGCUGCGUGAACCUCUCGUUCGCCUGCGUCGAAGGCGAGAGCCUGCUCAUGGCCAUGAAGGACGUGGCGCUGUCGUCCGGCUCGGCCUGCACGUCGGCGUCGUUGGAACCGUCGUACGUGCUGCGAGCCAUCGGCGCGGACGAGGACCUGGCCCACUCGUCGAUACGCUUUGGCCUGGGCCGCUUCACGUCCGAGGAAGAGGUGGUCUACACUGCGCGGAAGUGCGUGCAGGAGGUCAAGAAGCUACGCGAGAUGAGCCCGCUCUGGGAGAUGGUCCAGGAAGGCGUCGACCUCAAGUCGAUCCAGUGGACACAGCAUUGAGGCUGCUAUGAUUGUUUAAAGCAAGGUCAGAGCUUUGGAAGUAGCAAAAUUGAGUGGACACGGUUGGAGGAUUACAAGUGACAUCACUGACUGGUGUCACUUGAUGGCUGAUGCCUUGUGCCCUUCAAUUAGGCCUGUGUCAGUGGUAGUAUGCACGCACUCUGUGAUGUGGUCCCGAACUUCAUUUUGCUGCACAAAUUGUCUUUAUUUAAGGAGCCAUGGUGACUUUGUUCAAGGUCUCCGUUAAGCAGUGUUUGCUGUUGCAUAGGCCUGUAAUGCUGCAUUUCAGUAUCAUGAAUUACAUGCGCUCUGACCUGACUGUGAGAGACGUACAUGCAGAGCAGGUAGUAAUGUAGGAACUGCGUGCUGCCCUAGGGAAUAAAAUGUGUAGUGCUCUUCCCAUGUCAAACGUUGUUUCACGAUUUGAAGCCACUCAUGUUGUCAACCUUACCAGAGAACUAUACGUUGACCAUUGCGUUCGGAACCACUGAAGUAUUCAAAGUAGCAGAAUAUCAUCCCAUAAAUAUAUCAGCAAAGAGAAAAAACCUUUCUAAAAUCAUUUUGUCGUUGUGAUUUAAUGCAUAGAAAGUGCACUUCGGUGAAGGACUAUCUACAUAGAAAUGUAAAGCUUUUGUCACCAGGGCAAGGAGCGAUGACUCUACCCGUAAGUGCUUGUCUCAAACCACUUAAUGUUCUAAAAAGGAGAACUUCGUAUGGUCUUUGAAUGUAAGCUGCAUCUCGUAAUGUACAUAUUUCGCAGUGCUGUAGCUUACGCAUGAUAUGCUGUGAUGCUAGUCCUGUGUGUGCAUUUGAGUAUAUUUUGGCAGGAUAGAAAGAGCUGUGAGUGAAUUCGCUUUUUUAUGUGAAGAUGUAGCUGAAUGUUUAUUUCUGAUUACACAUUCAUUAUGUGUUAAGCAAAUUAUUACACGGCGUGUAUGUGUUGGUAAUUGUAUGAGUUGAGUGCAGCAUUUGUGCACUGCAGUAGAAGGUAUGGAACGGCUUUGAGGUCUGCACACGUGCAAGUUGUAAUGCGAAUAAUAAAGAGUCCAGAUGCCUUCGGGUCCGAA